AAGUAAAUAAAAUUAAAUACAAAUAAAUAAAGUAAAAUAAAACCAUAACAAACUUAAUCCAAUACACUAAUGAAAACAAAACAAGUGUUAUAAACAAAGAAAACCGUAUAAAAAAAGUAAAAAAUACAAACACACGUAUCGUGAAAAGUAAAAGAAGCAACAAAAAAAUUCCUCUACAGCAUUGCCAUAUGCGAAACGAGUAUCGAAAUGUUUGUCUUUGACUAUAUUAUUGCUUAACCCCUGCAACAUGUUGCUAGAGUAACAGUCUUUCAUUCAUUGCUCUAACUAAACGCUGUCAUCAUCAUUAAAUUUUCGCUAGAGUAAAAAGUAAAUUGUCAACGCGUAAGAAUAUUUAAAUUAAAAAAAAAGUGUCAAAAAUAUAGCGUAAAUAUUAGUAAAUUUAAUAAAACUAAUCAAAAUUGUGUGUAAAACAAACAAAAUGAAUAAAGUUUCAAAAGAAUAAACGUAUAAAAGGCUGAGCAAAGUGUUUGUGUUGUGAAGAAGAAAAAAAGGUUGCUUGGCGACGUUAACGACCGACAUAUUUUUUGUUGGUUUUUUCUUUAGGUUUUUGUGUAAUGAUGAUUUGUAAAGGGAAAGUUCCAAGUUAACUUGUACUUUUAACUAAUGUACAAUAAUAAAAAAGUACGCUUUUAUUAUGAGUUAUAAAUUUAAUGGGUGUGUGUAAUUAUAACAACAAAAACCGAAAAAAAGAUAAAUUUAUUGAUAAAACAACAUACUCAUACACAACAAACGAAAGCAACAAUAACAAAAAAAGAAAUACAAAUAUUUAUAAUAAAUCCCUUUUUAAGAUCAUUGGCAACAAGUGUACAAACAACAUACAUAUUUAAUACUCGUCGUACAAUAAAAAAUAAAAGCCGUGAAAAAUUACUUACUAAAAGUGUUGCCUUAACAAUGCUGUCAACAUGUCGUUGCAACAUUUGUGUUUAUAUACAUAGUAUUUGUUGUUAAGUGACUGUGUUUGUGUUUAUGUAUAUUAAAUAAUGUUUGUGUAAAUGAAUGUGUCGUGUUUAUUUUAUGGAAUUUGACAUCUCCGUUUACGCUCUCUCACAAUUGUUGUUUACCGGAACAGAGAAAACAAAAAAGUUAAAGAAAGAAGAAGAUACAAAAUAAAACACAAUUAAAGAAAAAAACAACUAAAGUAGAGAAUAAGUAAAAAAAAAUUAUAAAAAACUGCUUUAAUAAAUAAUUAUUAUCGUUAAGAUUUUUGUUAUUAUUACACCCAUUUAAUUUUCCGUGCUGUGCUACUGAUGUUGCUCAAUAAUUGUUCAAGGCAUACAAAAUAGAAUUUGUAUCGUUUUUUUAUUAUUUAUUUUACACUACUGCUACUAAAGCUGCCGCUGCUGGACAUUGUUAUUGAACGUAAAAGAAAACAGAUCAUCUGUCGCUGCAAAGUAAACAUCUAUUGAAAGUGAUAAAUACUUUAAUAAAUAUUACAAAAAUAAUAUACAGAAGUUAGUUAAAAAACCAAACAAAACUAAAAAAAAUAUAAAAUAACCAGAGAUGACCACACGUAAAAAGAAGGGCAAAGAGGGCGGCGGCGGUGGAGGCUUUAUCAAAAAAGUCUCCUCCUUGUUUAACUUAGAUACGGCUCAUCGGGCAUCUACGAACAAGGUUAAUGGUGACGAUAGCUGGCAAUAUGAAGAUAUUACUUUGGAACGUGGCAAUUCUGGUUUAGGUUUUUCCAUAGCAGGCGGCACAGACAAUCCUCAUGUUGGUAAUGAUUCAUCUAUCUAUAUUACCAAAUUAAUAGCGGGUGGUGCUGCUGCAGCCGAUGGUCGCUUAAGUGUUAACGAUAUUAUUGUGUCGGUCAAUGAUGUCUCCGUGGUCGAUGUACCUCAUGCCUCGGCUGUCGAUGCCUUAAAAAAAGCCGGCAAUAUUGUUAAGUUACAUGUGAAAAGAAAACGCACUGGAGGUGGUGGUAGUGGCGCAGGCGCUGUAGAUGGUAUUAGCUCUAAGAUGUCCGCGAUACAGCCAGCCGAUGCGGGACCCAAAGUAAUCGAAAUCGAUUUAGUAAAGGGUGGCAAGGGAUUAGGCUUUUCAAUUGCCGGCGGUAUUGGUAAUCAACAUAUACCAGGCGAUAAUGGUAUUUAUGUUACCAAAAUAAUGGAUGGUGGUGCUGCUGCUGUCGAUGGCCGUUUAUCAAUUGGUGAUAAACUUAUAGCUGUAAAGGCUAAUGGGGUCGAUAAAAAUUUAGAAAAUGUUACACAUGAGGAAGCCGUUGCCACUUUAAAAUCCGUUGUCGAUAAAGUAACAUUGGUUGUGGGCAAAUCGGGUCAUGUAAUUUCGACGUCGGGACAUACUUUCAAUCAAGUGAAUUCGCAUUCAACAGGUGCGAUAAAUACUAUAGGACAAACUGUUGUUGAUUUUGCUCGUUCAUCUUCCACCACACCAUACACAACUACCACCAACAACAUCAACAACAACAACAAUACAAACGCUAUGCAACCACCAACAACAGCUACAAUUACUAAUAAUAGCAAUAAUCAGCACCAUGCAUCUUCCCCAGCUGUAGCUGAAAUAAUUCCCACAUCUACAUCUAGAUCCCAGUCACCUUUGCCUCAACAACCAGCAUCUAGGUAUGCCUCAUCAAAUGUUUUGGCUGCCGUGCCGCCAGGCACUCCACGGGCUGUUAGCACUGAGGAUAUAACAAGGGAAUCACGAACAAUAACCAUACAAAAAGGCCCACAAGGUUUAGGUUUUAAUAUUGUUGGCGGCGAAGACGGUCAAGGUAUUUAUGUCUCCUUUAUAUUGGCGGGUGGACCAGCUGAUUUGGGCGGUGAAUUAAAACGAGGAGAUCAAUUAUUAAGUUGUAAUGAUAUUGAUUUAAGAAGUGCCACACAUGAAGAAGCUGCCCAGGCCUUAAAGAAAUCUGGCGGUGUGGUUACCUUAGUUGCCCAAUACAGACCCGAAGAAUAUAAUCGUUUUGAGGCUCGCAUACAAGAGCUGAAGCAACAGGCUGCUCUAACCGCUGGUAGUACUGGCACUCUGUUGCGUACCACACAGAAACGUUCAUUAUAUGUACGGGCCUUGUUUGAUUAUGAUCCAAAUCGUGAUGAUGGUCUGCCCUCGCGGGGUCUACCAUUUAGACAUGGUGAUAUAUUGCAUGUAACAAAUGCCUCCGAUGAUGAAUGGUGGCAGGCACGUCGUGUGUUGGGCGACAACGAGGAUGAACAAAUUGGUAUUGUGCCAUCGAAACGUCGAUGGGAACGUAAAAUGCGUGCGCGAGAUCGUAGUGUUAAAUUUCAAGGUCAAUCAGCUAGUGCAAAUAAUAAUAUGGAUAAGCAAUCAACACUUGAUAGAAAAAAGAAAAAUUUUACAUUUUCUCGUAAAUUUCCAUUUAUGAAGAGUCGCGAUGAGCGCAACGAAGAUGGAAGUGAUCAAGAGCCUAAUGGAAUUGCAGCCAGUAAUAGUGAGCUAGAUGUUAAUAAUUUAAACAACAAUGAUUCCAAUGAACCACAGCCUUUUAUGCUUUGCUACACACAAGACGAUGCCAAUGCUGAAGGAGGCAACGAAAUCAUCUAUAGAGUGGAACUACCUGAUAUGGAACAAAUUACUCUUAUCUACCUGGAGAAUAGUGAUGCUGACUAUCCUUCGGAAGAGAACGUCUUGUCGUACGAGGCUGUGCAACGGCUAUCGAUAAAUUACACCAGACCCGUUAUAAUAUUGGGUCCCCUUAAGGAUCGUAUUAAUGAUGAUUUAAUAUCAGAAUAUCCAGAUAAAUUUGGAUCAUGUGUGCCACAUACUACACGUCCUAAACGUGAUUAUGAAGUGGAUGGACGUGAUUAUCAUUUCGUAUCAUCGCGCGAACAAAUGGAACAUGAUAUACAGAAUCAUCUAUUUAUCGAGGCUGGUCAGUACAAUGAUAAUUUGUACGGCACCUCGGUAGCCAGUGUACGUGAGGUCGCCGAAAAGGGUAAACAUUGUAUUCUAGAUGUAUCGGGCAAUGCAAUAAAACGUUUACAAGUAGCACAAUUAUAUCCAAUUGCUGUAUUUAUUAAACCUAAAUCUGUGGAUUCAAUCAUGGAAAUGAAUCGUCGUAUGACCGAAGAACAAGCCAAGAAAACAUACGAACGUGCUAUUAAAAUGGAACAAGAAUUUGGAGAGUACUUUACUGGUGUAGUACAAGGCGAUACUAUUGAAGAAAUCUACAGUAAAGUGAAAUCAAUGAUUUGGUCACAAUCUGGUCCAACCAUAUGGGUACCAUCCAAGGAAUCACUAUGACCAACCGCUACGACGACAUGGACACUGCCACCUCGAGUACGUUGUCGACCAGUCUCGAGAUCAACGACAAAUACACUACAUCAACAACAGCAACAACAACAGCAACAUAAAACGCAUUAAAAUAAAAACAACAUACACACACACAAAAACAAAAAAAAAUAGAAACAAACGUAAAAGAAAAUCCUACAACUAUAAAAAGAAGAUAAAAGAAAAACACAGAAAUGGCUAUAUACAUAUAAAAAGAAAAGAAAAAAAAAACGUUAGAAGCCAUAUUAUAUAGUAUAUAUACAUAAUAACAAAAACAAAUAUUUAUUAUAAAGUCUUUCUUUUUUGCAAAAAGCUUCUUAACUACAAAAACUACAAA